CAUAAUAGAACCCACCAGAAAAGAUUGGGCCUUUCUGAUGUCAACAUACAGCAACAGAGGGCAUACGUAUAUCCUGAAUUGCCAUAGCAACUAUCCUAAACAUCGCCUAGUUGACAAGCAGGUUUUGGUAUUGUUUUUCUGGCUGGGAGUCAAGUCUGAAAAGGUGGAGCAGCUGAACCAGGGAGGGAAAGAUUGAAGGCCUCUCAAGUCACUUCUCAUGGGACAAUCAGGUCCCCCACCUCCCCACUUUUACUAGUUGUGUUGUGCGACUGUUGGAUUAUGGCGUGGUUGAAGCGGUGGAUAAUUCUGGUUUUCUAUGGCUCCAUACAGCAGCUGAUGAUUUUUGACGACCCCCUCGUCGGAGCUGUCCAGUGUUCAGUCUUCUCCCAGAACUGCAAACAGAAUCCUACGCUGUCUCAAAAUGAACUGGAUAUAGAAACAACAAACAACAGAAUAUCUGGUAGCACAGAAAGAAGACCCAGAAAAAAGACAAAGGUGAAAGCUGACUACAAUUUUAUCUCAGGUGCUUCUGCUGCCCAAAGAUUGCCAGCUGCUAACUCCAAGCUCUCAUCCCUCAUACUGAAAAAUAUCACGGCCCAGGGGCAGUCCGAGCCAGGCUUAACGUACAGCGCAGCUCAACAAGCCGGACAUGAUGUGAAGUCAAAUCUUGUAAUAAAAGAGAUAGGAGAAAUUGUUGGAGACCCAGUUGGAUCUGAGUCCCCAGGAUGGGAGCUUCAGCAGAACUACACACUGGAUUCAAACACGACGUCAGGUGACGCCCCCGAUGGAGCGCUCUACAGCCUUCUAAACCAAACAACACGAAACUUAAUCACAAGGACUCGCAACGGUACCGCGAGCCAACCAGGUAGUAUUCCGUCUGUUACCUUUGAAACUAACCCUGGCGUAGAGGAGGGAGUAGGUGUGUUUGAAGAAGGGGAGCCGACAGACGGUCGCGUCUCAAUUGUCGAGGAGCAAGUAGCACCGCCUAGCUUUCCAGCCGGCCAGGUUGACUUGGAUCCUGGGAAUGGAGACAGUGUUCUCUUGGUUGGAGAGGGAGAGGGUGUUCUAUCGGUUGGCAGUUUCCCAGCUGGCGAGGUACCAGUAGUUGAUGAGACCGUUGUAUCUGCUGUAGAAGUAGGAUCAAAUGGCAGUGUCAUAGAGAGCAGUAUUCCCUUUACUCCAGGUGAGGUAGCGCAGCCGCAGUCUCCUUCAGUUGUCACGGGCGGCGCCUCCAGCGAACCGGUGGACAUCGACGGCGGAUUCAGAAUCUUACAGAACGGAACCAUUGUCGGAUACGGUUACGUAGAACCCAAUGGUUUUCUGUUGGAGCCGAACGGAAGCCGAGCCAUCGGACCAGACGGGAACCCCAUCUCAAUACCAUACGAAGGACCAGACGGGAAUCCCAUUUCCGUACCAAUCGCAGGCCCAGACGGAAGGCCCAUCAGACCAGAGGAGUAUCCGAUGGUCAUCGGACCGGAUGGAGGCCCGGUUCUUGGUCCGGAUGGUUUCCCUCUCAUAAAUCCAGUAGAACCAUCAGAUCCACUAGGUCCAGAUGGAUAUCCAGUUCCCGUUGGACCGGACGCCUCUUUGGUUGGUCCGGACGGUUAUCCUUUAUACCCCCCGACACAGGUUGGCGUUCCCCCCGUGGUUCCUAACUUUCACGAAGGCAUGCCCGCUCCCGGCGCUCAUGGGUACGGAGGCAGAGAAAUCCCACCAGGGUUUGUGGCACCAGGCCCAGGAGCAGGGCCCAGGAUCCCGCCUGGAGCAGGGCCAGGGAUGACCAGGGAAGAGUACAUUGCACUGUUGGAGGGAAGCUGGGUACCGGGACCAAGGGGGAUGCCAGGAGAACCAGGACCACAAGGGCUGAGAGGAGUCAGGGGUCCUCGAGGACAGCGUGGCAGGCAGGGAGAAAGGGGACCGCCUGGACCUCCGGGCGAACAGGGUAUGAUGGGUGCUGCUGGCAUCAUGGGAAGACCAGGAAGGAAAGGACCUGCUGGCAAGCGUGGGAUACCUGGCGAACCGGGAGAAAGAGGGCAAGAGGGUAAGGAUGGGGACCGUGGAAACAUGGGACUGCCUGGAAUGCCAGGGAACCAGGGUUUUAAUGGAAAGCCAGGGAGACCAGGAAUGACAGGGCCUCCUGGGCUCAAGGGGGACAAAGGUGACCCAGGGAUGGAUGGACCAAUGGGGCCACCGGGUGAGCCAGGUGAUCAGGGGGAAAGAGGACCAUGGGGACCAGAAGGACCUCCAGGUGUCGCUGGCCAACAAGGUUUACCAGGUCCAGCUGGACCGGGGGGUCCAAGAGGGCAUACUGGAUCACCUGGCAAAGAUGGGAAGAAAGGACCAAAGGGAGACAAAGGUCCUGCUGGUCUACAAGGCAUUCGAGGAAGAACAGGUGCACAAGGAGGGCCGGGGAGGAGUGGACCAAGAGGCAUCAUAGGCAAGGCGGGUAUUCCUGGACAUCCCGGUCUAAAAGGAGACCAAGGAGAAAGAGGACCAGAGGGGCCAAUUGGACAUAGAGGCCCUGCAGGCAAAAUUGGACAAAAGGGAGCUUCAGGAAGACCAGGCAAGAACGGAAAGCCGGGAGAUCCAGGCUUUAUGGGCUUUCCAGGCUUCAAGGGCAAUGCUGGCCCAAAGGGAGACAAGGGAGCCAUAGGACCCGAUGGGAAGCCUGGCCCUCCAGGCUAUGAGGGAGAAGUUGGGGAGGCAGGCCUGACUGGUGCUCACGGAGAGAUCGGUCUGAAGGGAGAUCCCGGUCAACAAGGAACACCGGGUAUUCCAGGGAACGUUGGUAGGCCAGGCGCAAAGGGUAAAGAAGGUGGUAGAGGACCCCGUGGACCCAGAGGUCUCCCAGGAAAGAAGGGGUCAGAUGGCAUGAUGGGACAUGAAGGUCGUCCUGGUCCAAGGGGCCCUCCUGGACCCAGGGGAGGUGAGGGAGGACCAGGGCUGCCUGGUCCAAAGGGUCAACAAGGACCCCCUGGCCCACCUGGAGAGGGAGGACUGAAGGGAGAGCCAGGAGAAAGAGGAGAUGAUGGCCCUGAGGGUCAGGUUGGAGGCGUUGGUCCACAUGGUAAAGAUGGCAAGUAUGGUCCAAGAGGACCCCCAGGGCCUGUGGGCUUUCCUGGUAGAUUGGGCCCUCCAGGUCUACCAGGGCCAAGGGGACCUAUUGGUAUUCCAGGCUGGCCAGGGGAGAUCGGCAAGAUGGGACCACAAGGUCCUACUGGGCGCACCGGACCAAAGGGUAAACAUGGAAGAAUAGGACAAGGAGGCUUACCAGGUCCUAGAGGCGUUCCAGGAUGGCCUGGUCUCCCUGGUCCUACAGGAGAGAGAGGGGAACCUGGACUGGAUGGGCUUCCUGGAUCAGCAGGCCCAAGAGGAGUAGAAGGUGCACAAGGACCCCCUGGUAAACCUGGACCUGAUGGUGUUCCAGGUAUACCAGGUGACCAAGGAAAUGCUGGACUAGAGGGACCUGCAGGAGAGAAGGGGAAGCUCGGUCCUCAAGGCCCACAGGGCUUAAAGGGAGACGUGGGAGACCCAGGCGACUAUGGCCCCCCAGGUGCACCAGGAAGAGUUGGACAACAGGGAUUGUAUGGGGCUCCUGGUCCUGUUGGAUACCCAGGGAAGAAAGGAGAAACGGGUCUUGUCGGUGUUGCGGGACCACCAGGGGCUGCAGGGGAGAGAGGCUCAGAAGGUGAUCCUGGCAAACCUGGUCCCCCGGGACCUAAAGGCAGUCCAGGGCCAGACGGUCCCCAAGGCCCACCUGGACAGCAGGGAGACCCUGGCAUAUACGGCAUGGUGGGAGAAGAUGGACCAAGGGGACCAGAUGGGGAAAGAGGUCCUCCUGGAAUAGCUGGAAUUCCUGGAGUUGAUGGUGAGCUUGGAGAGCCAGGGGAAGAAGGCUCAAGGGGUCCCAGGGGUCCUGAGGGAGACCAGGGCAAGCCAGGAGAACCAGGACCAUUUGGUGAACCAGGUCCAGAGGGAUACAAGGGUAGACAAGGGCAACCUGGAUCUCCAGGAGAACCAGGGGAUCCGGGCAUGGUUGGAGAGGAGGGGCCACCUGGACCACCGGGACCCCCAGGAGCGCAUGGUUCUCAGGGUGAUCCGGGCAUGACAGGACCACCGGGAAAACCAGGGCCUGAAGGGUCAGCUGGCCAAGAUGGACAGAGAGGACCACCGGGUCCAAGAGGAGAUCCCGGGGAGUCAGGUGACACAGGACUACCAGGAGCCAUCGGGGUGAACGGAAACCCAGGACCACCUGGACCCGCGGGAUCACCCGGAAAAACUGGACCAGCAGGUGAGAAGGGCCCACCUGGACUGAAAGGAGACCCAGGACCUAGAGGCAAGACUGGUGAGAUUGGUGUGCAAGGACCAGCGGGCACGCCAGGGAUGAAGGGUGAAGAUGGAUUUCCUGGCACACAGGGGUCACCUGGGCCACCUGGUGGAAAGGGAGAGGUUGGACCAGAGGGACCACAAGGCAAGAAGGGACUACUGGGAGCUCCUGGCCCACGUGGAACUCAAGGACCGAUCGGACCCAAAGGACUGCGAGGAAAUCCUGGUCUCCCUGGAGCAGAUGGUUCAAAAGGAUCAUUUGGGAAGUCUGGUUCAAAGGGAGAUCAAGGAUUGAUGGGCCUCACUGGACCAAUUGGACCACCUGGACAAAGGGGUCCAGAUGGAAGGAGAGGGGACAUCGGUCGAUCUGGUUUUCCUGGAGAGCCUGGAGAUACUGGCCCUAUAGGACCCCCAGGAUUAACAGGAAAACUGGGCAGAAAGGGAGAAAUUGGGCCAAGGAUGGCUUCACUUCAAUGUACAAUGUACAUCUAA